AUGUUCAUUCUAAUUAUUCGAUUGAACACUAACGCACAGUCAUCAAAGAGCAAUAAUUCUAUUGAAAACUUACCAUUAAAUUCAAAUUUUAGUAAGUUGAUCAAUUCAACAACUCGUUUCAUAAAUGUUAUCAAUACUACCGAUACCAUAUUAUUUUCUUCUGAAAAUACAACAAAAACUGUUAUUUUCUCAUCAAUUUUUCUCAAUUCUACUCAUAUUCCAAAUAUAUUUACUAAUUCAACUAUCAAGAAUCGUAAUGGAACAUCUAUUAAUGUUACACAUGCAGUUGAAGAUGUUUUAAAUACAAUGAAUACAACAAUAUCGUCUAAGAAUUCGACAAGGAUAAUUAGCCUAACAGCGACUUUAUAUAAUACUUCCAACAAUAGUUCUGUAAAGGUGAAUGAAUCUGUUCAAGAAAUGACAAAUGUACCUAGACCGACUGCAGCGUUUACAAUUCACACAAUUAAUAAUAAUACAAAACCAUUCAUAUAUCCAACGGGAAUUGUCUAUGAUUUAUCAUCAGUUUCAAAUGAUACUAUGAAUUCAUCCAAUUCAUUCAAUUCUGGUAGCUUCGAUCUAUUAGCUAAUACAACAGCAACAAUAAAAACAACGACUAUAAUAUCAAAAACAAAUGUCAACAGUACUAACAGCUCACUUGAGAAUAAUACUACGUCAAAUAUAUUAAUUUCAACAUUAAUUAAUUUAAUUAACAGUACUCAACGAAAUCAACUGAACAAAUCUUCAUUAUUAAAUAAUACAACUUCAUUAAGUUCAUCUGCUGUUAUUAAUACAAAUACAACUAAUACGCUUUCAAUAAGGAAUCCAAAUGCUACUGUACAACCUAUGGAAAACUUUUCUAUAUCCGUUACGAAUACUGGCGAGAGAAGCAAUUCUUCGAAAAAUACUACUUUUCAAAACUUUGACGUCACUAUGUUAUCAUUCAUGAAUUCUAGUGAUAAUGAGCUACUCAAUAGAAGUGAUUCAUCAAAUACAACUUUAGCUACUCUGCCAUCAAUAGUCAAUACCAUGAUAUCAAACUUCACAUAUCAAAGUUUGCUGCCUUCUGCUAACGACACAUUAACACAAACACUAUCUAUUACUGUACCUACAACUUCAUCUCUUACAAUGAAUCAGCAAACAUCUUCUAACGAUUCAUUAAAGCCGGCCUCCCCGAGCCUUUCGAAUGAAAAUUUAACAUUACUCAUUAAUACUUCACAGACAGUCACUCCUCUCAUGUCGGAGAUGACAGGAUUACCUUUAUUUACAACAAAUCUUUCGAAUGAAAACUUGUCGUCGUUCUCAAAUAUGACAGAUACACGUAUAUCAACUACUUCGCUCGGUACAGAAUCAGCACAAGAGACUGUGCAACAAACUGACCAUACACCUCCAACAAUUCUAUCUACAUUGAUAUUUUCAAAAGACAAUUUAUUAUUAACAUCGAAUACUACACAAACAAACAACUCAACUGAGUCAAUAAUUAGUCCACAACUACAAAAUACAACUCAACGAACUAAUGAUACAAUUGUUUCGACACCAGCACUAUCGGAUGAAUCCAAUGGCGCCUUAUCAUCUGAACCAUAUAUUUCUGAAUUAAGCACAAAGCAAGAUGUAUUUUUGAAUAGUACGCAAAAAGCUUUUUUUCUAGAUUCUAUACCGACAGAAUUACCAUCUGCCACGAUUCAGGCAACACUUGGCAGUGUGCCACCUAAUAUACCAUCGACUAAUUUGUCAAAUCAAAGUUCGUCAGAAGUUCUGAAUAGUACACAAGAAACUGUACCUCUCGAUUCAUUGCCGGCUCAAUUAUCAACUGCCACAAUCGAACAAACACUUGACACUCUUCCGCCUAUAAUGCCAUUGAUAAAUAUUUCAAAUGAAAGUUCGCCACAACUUUUGAAUAGUACACAAGAAGCUUUUGCUCUGGAUUCUGUACCGACAGAAUUAUCAUCUGCUACGAUGCAGCCAACACCAGAUACUCUUUCACCGACCACAUCCUCGACAAAUCUUUCAAAUCAAAGUUCGCCAGAAGUUUUAAAUAUUACACAAGCAACUGUGCCUCUCGAUUCAUUUCAGACGGGAUUACCACUUGAGACAAUCCAGCAAAUGUCUAGUACUCUUCCAUCAGUCACGCCAAUGGAAAACCUUUUAGAUCAAAGUUCGCCAGCUUCUUUGAAUGGUUCAAACGAAGGUGUAUCUGUUGAUUCGUUACCGACUGGAAUAGCAUCGUCGACAAUGCAGACAACACCCAUUACUCUUGCGUCUCCCAUGCCAUCGAUAAAUAUUUCAAAUGAAAGUUUGCUAGUAAUUUCAACUAGUACGGAAGGGACAGCUUCUGCUGAUUCUUUAUGGACUGGUUCAUUAUCUACGACAAUGGUUGACACAGCAGAUUCUUUUCCAUCGGUGACUCCAUCGACAAAUGUUUCAGGUGAAACUUUAGUGGGAAUUUCGAAUAGUACACAAGUCGACUCACCUUCUGAUUCGUUGGCAACUAACUUACCUACUGUUAUAAGUGAGAAUAUUACUAAUACUUUUGAUUUUAUUGCAAUAUCGUCGUCUUCUGUGAAUAACACGGACAUGUUGUUUGGUUCUGCCUCGCUAUCCACAGAAGUACCUUCAUUCACAGCCGAGGCAACAAUGGAGACUAUUCAAUCUUCUCAAGUUCCUUUAGCAGGUUCAAGCGAAACCAUGUCGUCAAUUUCAAACCUUAGUGACGUGAAUGUUUCGUCGACUUCGAUCCCUACGGAAGAAAUGUCUUUUGCAACACUUCAAACCGUUGAAGCAGUUUCAUUAGAAUCUUCUCCAAUGGAACCAAAUCAAAGUGUUCCAACGUUGUCUACUGAUAUUCAAACAGAUUCUUCUAAUCACUCGAUGCCUACGCUUAUGUCAUUUGUUACAGAACAGGAAACUUGGGAUACAUCUUCGUCGACACCAGUGUCAUCUUUUCCUUUGAAUGAUAGUUUGGUAUCAUCUGCAAAUGUUACAUCAACGAACAGUCUUCCUAUAUCAGAGGCGACAGAAAUAACUUCAGGCACAGCAGAAUCGACUGAUAAUAUUCGCGAACCGAUCGUAACAUCAUCAAUAUCUCCAAAUGAAAGCUUACCAUCUUCAUUCAAUGAAACACAAACAAACAUGUCAUCUAGUUCAAUGUCUACCAUACCAUCUUUUAUUACGGUACAGAAUAGUCUCGAUACUUUUCCAUCAGAACAGUUUUCGGCUAGUAUUUCUAACGAAAAUGAAUCAGUAUUACUAACGACUGUACAAAGCAGUGAAGUAGACAUCUCUUUUGCCUCACAGCCUAUGAUAUCUUCUACUAUAACAGUGGAACAGGCUACCAACAACUUUUCAGUAACACAAUCAUCAGCGAUUCUUCAGAAUGAAACAUUGCCAUCAUAUUCAAGUAAUACACUACAAGAGACUUCAUCUGACGAAGGAAUCAUCAACAUUCACACUACUACAAUCGAACAAACAACAGAUACUCUUAUAUCAAGAUCAAUACCUUCAAUUGUUCCAAAUCAAGAUUCAACAUCACCAAUAUCGCUAGAUACCAUUGCAAAUAGUCAAACAGGCAAUACAGAAGAAAUGACACAACCAUCAAUGUUUACUGAAUCACUAUUAUCAACAUUAGCAGAAACUAAUCCUACUGAAACAAUCUACACCAACAACGGUAUUGAUACGGCUGAAAGUUCCAGUAUAACAAUUCAAGUAACCGUUGCUACUCCAAUGUCGCUUCUUACCAGACUAAUGUCUUCACCAUUAUCACAGUCGACAUUAUUUUCAAGCAUCAAUGAUUAUACUGAGGACAAAAGCGCAAGUGGAUCGACAGAAACUAAUUUUGUGAGCUCAUCAACUGCGCCACUUUUCUUAUCAGAAGAACUUACUAUUCCAAACCAAUAUUCGACCAACCCAGAUACUUCAAAUUUACUUCUUUUACUAUCUACGCUUAUUAGUCAUUCUGAAGUUAUUACAUCAACAAUUCCAACAAUAAAUUCAAUGCCGAUAUCUGUCACUGAAUCUACUAGUUUUAUCCAGUCGUCUUCUGAAUAUUCUACUGCUUUUUCAUCUAGCAUAUCUUCGCCGAUAUCGUUGAUUCUGAACACAAAUCCUGAUAUUAGCACCAGAGAUUCUACAUCUGCAGCGAAUAUAAAUACAAUAAACUCUGUGUCGUCUUCUCAACAAGUGCCUGAAUCAUUAGAGACUAUUUUUACCAUCACUGAUUCAAUGGCACUUGAAACUACUCCAACAAUAAUCUCUUCAAUACAAUCAAGCUCAGUUACGCCAGCAAGUACUCUUUCUAAUGAUGUCACUUCAGUUCCUAGUGAAACUUUAACAAAUACCUUUAUUUCAUUUUCUUCGAUUGCAAUAGACAACGAACAAACUACUAUGAAUACUAUUUUAGUUUCAAAUGCUCUUAUGAGUGAAAGCAGUUCUACACCGAUCAUAUCAAGUUCAUUUGAAACUUCAACUACUUCCAACUCGUUACCUUCAUUAAACAGCAUUAACGAUGUACCUUCAACAUUUUCAUCCAACAUACAAGAUACGACAAGUAAUGAAAAUCCAUCUUCAUCAACUUUCAAUACAAUGUUUUUGACUUUAAUAAGUACAAGUACGCCAUUCUCGGAUAGUUUCAUUUCAUCCCAAAUGACAACUCCAACAAUAUCAACAUCGACAAUAACGAAUCGUGACACGACUUUUCUGUCUUUGUUAUUAGCAACAUCUGGUUUAUUAAUGUCUAAUGAAACAUCAACAACACAAGAUAUGAUUUCAAGUAUUCCAUUUACAACGCAAAUAAAUUCUAAUACAACUACUGCUACAUCUUCCAGUGAUUGUGUUUUUCCAUUUCGUUAUCUUGGUCAAUGGUAUGAAAGAUGUAUAAGUGAUAUUCUCAAUGAUAGUUGGUGUUCAUUAACAGCUGAUUUUGAUCGAGAUCGACAAUGGAAAUAUUGUCGAGCACCUCGUGUUAAAACUAUCGGUGGUACAGGAAAUGGAAGUGAUUGUGUCUUUCCAUUUAUUUAUCAAGGCACAUUAUUUUCAACAUGUAUUUAUCGUACAGAAACGGCAGGUACAACAAAAUCAUUUUCAUUAUUUUGUUCUGUUACAUCCAAUCUUGAUCAAAAUGGAUUAUGGGGAUAUUGUUUAGAUUAUGGUUCAUGUUACUUUCCAUUUAUCUUCAAUGGUAAUACCUAUUCAGAUUGCAUUAGUGGACCUCAAUCAGCUCGUUGGUGUUCAACAACAGCUAAUUUCGAUCGUAACAAAAUGUGGAGUAACUGUCCUGGUAUGUUAUUAUUAUGA